UCCCCAUCAAAACACACGCUCUCGUUGACAUCCAGGAGAGGUGAUCUGCUUCACCUCGGAAGCUCAGACACUCUCAAAGAAUGCCACAAGGGCAUGAUGGUUGAGAAGGGGUGUGAGAGCUGCAGGGAGUGGCGGGAGCACUACUACCGGGAGCACAUGGAUGUGACCAAGAUCCGCUUCUUCAAGUUCAUGACCGGAGAUUUUGUCCGGGGCAUUAGCAUACCAGCGAAGUUUGUAAAGAAUUUCAAUGGGCAGAUCACCAAAGGGCUUGACCUCAAAGUGCCCAGUGGUGAAACAUGGCAUGUCUGCGUGGACAAGCGUGACGAUGAGCUGCUCCUCACGUCAGGAUGGAAGGAUUUUGUGAAGGCUCAUGAACUAAAGGAGAAUGACCUCCUUAUCUUCACAUGCAGAGGCAACUCUUCCUUUGAGAUCUCGAUCUUCGAAGCGAGUAGCUGCGAGAAACUGUCUUCCCUCUUCGCCAACAGAAUUGGUCCUAAUCUGCACAAACAUUUGAAUGAUACAGCGGGUCAACACGCUGAGCCAUACACUCUAACCGAUUCCGAGGAGGCUAGCAUGGCGCCGCAGCUGGUUGGCUCCACACACAUGGCUUCUACUUCAAAGAAAUAUAACUGCAAGACUAAACCAAGAAAAGAGCCUCAAUCCCUAAACAGCAGCAGUUAUCAUGUGAAACAUGAAGGGAUUGAGGAAGAGGAGAGUGAUGACAUGUAUGCCGACUCCAAGUUCUACUACUCAAGGAUGGCCAAUCAGUUUACAGUGGAGGAAAAGGAGAACAUUCUCAGUUUGGCUUCCAUCCAACCAGAAAAUCCUGCAUUUGUGGCUGUUCUGCAGAAGAGCCAUUGUCAACGCAGGAGCAACUUUCUGAUCGUCCCCAGUAGAUUUGCUGCUGAUCAUCUCCAGGAAAGAACAGAAGAGAUCAUACUUUGUAGGCCAAGCAGAAAAGACAAGUGGUCUGUCAGAUACUAUUACAAGACCUACACCCGGGGCUUCCAAAGCCUGCCGUUUUUCAAGUUUGUGCAUGGAAAUAAGCUUCGCGAGGGAGAUGCCUGCGUCUUCGAGCUGAUGAAAGGGGCAAAGAGGGUGACAAUGAGGGUCCAUGUCAUCAGGAAGGUUGGCGACCGGUUUGUUCUGGUAGGCUAAGUUACUGUUCUAUAUAUCCUCCUAGGAGUUGGCAUGUACUAUGUAGUUUCUGAUAAUUGUACAGGUGUAGUUUCUGAAGCAUGUACUAUGUAGACGUAGCACUGGAAACUGAAACUGGAAGUGCCUAGUGUGGCUAGUUCUCCUUGGCUCCUUGCAUGGAAUGUGCACUUUGUUUCCUGUAAGGUAACCUCUUGAAGCAGUUUGCCGUGUGGGUACCAGAACAAGGUUUAAUCUGUGAAUGAACAAGGUUUGAUCUGUGAAUGUGAAUG